AUCACGUGAGAGUCUAGUGGGUAAUCAGGGCUGCGCUCUGGUUGGCUCGCCAGGCCCACAGAGUGCCUGCCGAUUUCGAGGGCUACGCACAAAGAUUUUUGGCAAUUACUCCAGCUACUUCAUCACACCUUCCUAACGACCAAUCUCGAAGAGACGAGCCGCAGGUACGACCAAUACUCCCUCCUCUCCUCCCUCGAAGUCCUUUUUCUCUCAAGAGACUACGAGCACGAGCGACUCAUUCUUUUAUCAACUUCGUCGACCGAAGGACUAACCCUUAUAUUUCCAGCCAUGUCGUCCAAGAAGCCCUCCGGCAAGACUCAGCGCUCCGCCAUCGCGGAUGUCGUCGCCCGCGAGUACACCAUCCACAUGCACAAGCGACUCCAUGGUGUCACCUUCAAGAAGAGGGCUCCCCGUGCUAUUAAGGAGAUCAAGGCCUUUGCCACCAAGUCCAUGGGUACCUCCGAUGUCCGCAUCGACCCCCAGCUCAACAAGAAGGUCUGGGAGCAGGGUAUCAAGGGUGUUGACUACCGACUCCGAGUGCGAAUUUCCCGACGACGAAACGACGAGGAGGGUGCCAAGGAGAAGCUGUACAGCUACGUCCAGGCUGUGAACGUCAAGAACCCUAAGGGUCUUGCCACAGUCGUUGUUGAGGAAUAAAUAUAAAAAAGUUUCUCUUGGGACAGGUUCUAUGGUGGCAUGGCAUUUGGAGUUGCAUUCGGCAUUCUGGCUUUUGACGCUGAAUAUACACAGAGGGAAAAAAUGUGAUCAAAGCUUGAAGUCAACACAAACGACAAUCGGUGCCUCGGCGUGAAGUGGUCUAUGGACAAGGUUUUUCAUGAGGGCGAAAAUAAUCAUUUACGUUCUGACGUGGUGAUGCGAAUCUUAUGAAUCGUCGAUUAGAGGGUCUGCUAUCGACAAUGGUGUACAUGUUUCUGACCCUAUCAAAGUCCCCUCCCUUCGCUGUUAAACCAGCUAUGGAAAUGCCAUGCAAUCCUGUAACCUAACAAGUCAAACCAAAUUCCGUACACCUGGUACUCCUGUUCCUUUAUACAAUUAUCAAAGCACCAAACCCUCCCUAGCAAAGCCUAAUUACUCGUCCUCAACAUCCCUGUGGCGUGCCAGAACCUUCUUCUGGAACUCCUCGGUAUCCUUGUCCCAAAGCUCGGCAGCCUCACCGUUGAGGGGUGAAGCACUGAGCAUUUAUUAGUGACAUUGUUAUGGUCAAGCUUGAAUUGUGUACGUACUUGUUGGGCUCGCCAAGCAAGCUUUGAAGGCUCAGCAGAACAGUUUGAAUGUUGUAAGCAGCGGUCCACUUGUCCUUGAGAAUGUCCAAGCAGAUGCGGCCGGAGAAGUCGACAUUAGGAUGGUAGAUGGGUGUCUUGAAGAGCACCGUAGGAGCGGCAUAAGGGUAGUUUGAGGGGAAUGCAAAGCUGAGCUUGAAGGUCAAGCCAGCGUAGGGAGUAUCGUCGGGACCCUCGAUGGUGGCAGUCCAAGCGAGGAGGUUUCCAUCCGCACCGGGAAAGGCAGAGACGCCGGGAGCAGGCGACGUCAUGAGUUGCAUCAGCUCGGUCUGCAGCCUGUCUAGAGUCAGCAUCCGUAGUGAACAUAAUGUCUCGGGACGAGUAUUCACCUCUUGGUGGUACUCUGAGAGUCAGGGCCCUUGUGACCAGAGUUGAGCUUGGCGGCCUGGACACUGCCGGGAGCUGAGUUCUGGCUAUCCUCC